CUCUCUCAAUGGCUUUUGGUUCGUUUCUGACGCCGAUAUCAGAGAUUCUCAGUCGCCUUACCGGUACUAGUGCUCAUCUCUCCCUUUCUUCUAUCUUAAUCCCAAUUGAUUUCUUAUUUAGUUCUGUUUCGAUUGAUCAAUAGAUAAAUUUUGGGCUAAAAAGAGUCUCACUUUUCCAAUAUUGGUGCAAAAUUAAGAUUUGUUGUUGAUGCGUUAUAAUUGCUAGUACACUUUAAGCUGACUAAUCAGAAGAAAAAUGGAUGUGACUGGUACUGUGAGAGAUGCAUUUGAUCGAGUUUCUAAGAAACAGAAGCUGUAUCACUCAGUUACUCAAGAUGUUAUUGAUCUUGUUUGUGAUGGAAUCCAAGAUACAUUGACUCGAAUCCAAUCAGAUAAUAACGACGGAGUCGAACCCGAAUCGGUUCUAACCGAGUUGAGGCGCAAGCUUGAUGCACUUUUACCGAUUAUCCAGCUUCAGAAAUCACACAAGGAAACUAAAUGGAGUCUUAGCAAGUUGGUGAAAUUGUUUGAGGUUUCUUACCAUCCUGAUAUAUCUCUAGCCUGCUUUAGCGUUGAUUUCGAUAUCAACUUAGUGAAUAAGAUACUUAUCCACCAUUGUUACCGAGAAGGGUUGUUCGACGUUGGUGAUUGUCUGGUUAAGGAGUCUGGAAGAGAGGAAGAAACCGAGGUUAGAUCUCAGUUCUUAGAGUUCCACCAGAUAUUGGACUCAUUGAAGCUCAGAAACAUCGAGCCUGCUAUGAGAUGGAUCUUUGCGAACCGCGGAAAACUGAAGCAAAAGGGUUCAAAGCUGGAGUUUAAACUCAUAAGUUUGAAGUACUGUGAUAUUUUAAGAGAAGGAAACCGUGUUGAUGCUUUGGAGUAUGCAAAAACCCAUUUUCACCAAUAUCCACUACACUUUAAAGAGAUACAAAAGCUUAUCACUUGUCUGCUAUGGAUUGGAAAUUUUGAGAAAAGUCCUUAUGCAGAGAUGGUUUCUCCAUCAUGUUGGGACAAGGUGACCAAAGAGGUAAUCAUGGAAUAUCACCAUCUUCUUGAUCAGCCAAUUAACUCCCCAUUGAAAGUCGCUUUAUCCGCGGGUUAUGAGAGCUUACCGUCACUUUUAAAGCUGGUUCAUUUAAUGACUUUGACGAAACAAGAAUGGCAAGGUAUGAAACAUCUUCCGGUUCCUCUGGAGUUAGGGAACGAGUUUCAGUUUCACUCGGCUUUUGUUUGUCCUGUGAGUAGAGAUCAGAGCAGCGAAGAAAACCCGCCAAUGCUGUUGUCUUGUGGUCAUGUUAUUAGCAAGCAGUCAAUGAUGAGACUCAGCAAGAACUGCGCUCACCGCAUAUUCAAAUGCCCUUAUUGUCCUGCAGAGACUUCAGCUUCAGCAUGCAGGCAAUUAUACUUUUGAAAGGUUUGGUAAUUUAGUUAAUUUGAUUGUUUCAGCUCAAUAAGUGAACAAAGCAUUUCAUUUGUUCUUUCAUCAUUAAAAAAACUCUUUUUUACUAGAUCUUGAUUUGAUCUUCUUCUCUAAGUUGGAACAACUAAUAUGUUGCAAUUAGUUGUUAUACUGUUACUUUUUAUAUCUCUUGAACCAGAGAAAUAACAAGUGAAUUUCAGU